AUGGAAGAUAUUAAUAAUAAAAUAGAUGCAAAAUAUCGUUUUUAUGAUGCUGCUAGAGAACCAUGUAUUAUGUUAAUGCCUAUUGAAGGAUUUGAUACAAAACCUUUAGUUCCACUUGAACAAGCUGUCGAACCACUUAUUCCAAUUAUUUCUGAUAUUCAAAUGAAAGUUGAUCAAGCUAAAGAUCAUGCAGCGAAUUAUCAUGACAAUGAUCUUUCAAUUGAUGAAUCAGCUGCAAUUACAUUAUAUACAAUGGAAUGGGAUCCAUAUACAAAUUCGCUUUAUUAUAUUCUUAAUUCAACAUUACGUAAUGAAGAUCGAGCUAGUUUAAAACCAUGGUUUUUAUAUCUUAAACUUAUUCUUACUGCAUUAUCACGUCUUCCAACGAUUAGUCUUACUGUUUAUCGUGGAGUUGUAUUACCCAAUUCUGAUCAAUAUCAACAAGGAAAUAAUUUUGUUUGGUGGGGUUUUUCAUCAUGUUCAAUAAAUAAAAAUGUUUCAGUAAAUGAAUUUUUUCUAUGUGAAAAUGGUAAACGAAUCCUUUUUAUUAUUGAUUGUUUACGAGGAAAAGAUAUUAGUAAAUAUUCAUUUUUUCAACAAGAAAAUGAAAUAUUACUUUUACCUGGAACUGCAUUUGAAGUUGUUCGAUGUUCCUAUAAAAAGAAUAAUUUAUAUACAAUUCAUCUGAAAGAAAUUAAAUCACCAUAUCAACUUUUAGAAUCGGUAUCAACGAAAACAAAUAUUCAAACAUUAGAAACUUCUUCGUUAUUGCAUAAUAUGCGAACAUUAAUAACAAAAUUUAAACCAAAUUUUAAUUCAACACUUGAUAAAGAAAUAGCUCGAUUUAACGAUCAUUCACUUGCAUGUUUAUUUCGAAAACGUUUUACCGAUAAUGAUUUAGAAACUAUUGUUCAAGAAGUGAUUGUAAAUAAACAAUGUCGUGUACUUUCUUUAAGAGGACGUGAGAUAACAUCACUAGGUGCAAUAAUCAUUGGUAAAUCUUUAGAAAAUAAUCAUACAUUAGAAGAAUUAUAUUUAAAUGGUAUUCAAAUUGGUAAUAUUGGUGCUGAAAUUCUUGCAAAAUAUCUUUCAAAUGAAACUAAUUCAUAUUUAAAACGACUUUGUCUGAAUGAUAAUGGUAUUACAGAUGAUAGUGUUAAACAUUUAGCAAUAAUGUUAAAAAGAAAUAAAUCAUUAACUCAUUUAUGGUUAACAAAUAAUUAUAUAAAUGAUCGAGGUAUAGAAUGUUUAGCUAGAGAACUUAUAAAUAAUAAUGUACUUGAAGUACUUUCUCUCGAAUGGAAUAAAUUUGCAAGUGAAAAAGUUGAUAUACUUAUUGAAAUGAUUGAAAAAAAUCAAACAUUAAGACAAGUUGACAUAAAUGGACAUGAUUUAUCUGGAUCUGAUAUUAGAAGACUAAAUAUGAUUUCACAAACAAAGAAAAAUUUUAAACUCACAAUACAUUAA